UUUUAGAACCCUUCGGCAGUCGUGUUUUGUUUUUGUUGUUCUUGAAUUAAAUAAUAAUACAAUUUUUCAAAAAUUUAAUUAAUAUUAUAAAAGCAAUUACAAAAACGUUUCCAAUGUUUGCAAAGCUAGCACUAUUCCCUAGAAUGGGCCAACAACUGAGGCAUAUGCAUAUCAAAAGAGCAGAGCUCUACAGGAAAUGUUGCUUCAUCCUGGGCGUCGAAGAGACAGCAGACCAGAAUACAGUCCGCAGAGCCUACAUAGAAUUGGUAAAAAAAGUCCAUCCCGAUUCGGGUCUACCCGAAGCUUCCGCUGAACGUUUCCAAGAAGUCGAUGAAGCCUUUAAGGUGCUGCAGGAAAAGUUUGCCAAAAAUCGUCGUGGCAUAUAUGAAGAUGAGGAGGAAGAGGUGCCUGAUAUUCGCCACACUGCUCCCCAACAUCGCCAAUACUUAACCUUUGAUGGUCUCGGUGUUGGUAAUCCUUUUCAACGCCAGAAACAAUAUCAACAAAUUAAGGCCAUGAAGGCACAGGAACGUGUACUCAAACAUCGCAUCGACAAGUCGCAGGCCGAUGAAAAGACGGUCAUGAAAAAGGGUACAUUCUUCAAGAAACAUGCCAUCAAGACUAAAUAUGGCUUCGAUCGUUUGGUUGAGGAUUACAUUCAAGAGGCUAUGUCACGUGGUGAUUUCAAUAAUUUAAGUUGUGCCGGUAAACCGUUGACCCAGGCUCAAACCCAAAAUCCCUAUUUGGAUUUUACAACACAUAAACUGAAUAAAAUUCUCAUCGAUAAUGGUUUCACUCCCGAAUGGAUUAUGUUACAGCGGGAUAUACGUGAGGCUUUGGAUGACAUGAAAAGCAAAAUCAAAAAGGAACGAAUCUAUUAUGGAGAAUAUCCGCUAAAUGAAAUGGAGGAAAAUCAAUGGCAGGAGUUUUUGAAAAACUUUGCCUACGAUGUGAAACAAAUUAACAAGAAUAUUGAUAAAUACAAUUUAAUUGUACCGAUAUUUGAUCAUCAAUUCUUUCGUGUAAAUUUACAGAGAAUUGGUGAAGCAAUACUCAAGGACCCCUCUGUGCCAUGUAAUCAAAAAAGACCUCAAGCCCGCCCAGAAUCAGCCAGUAAUACCAGUAACCAUGGCAAAUCGGAUUUUUUCUCAUUUAUUGGUUCAUGGUUUUGAAACGAGUCCAAAUACACCUGAAGGAAUUACAAAUGUGAUAGUUGUACCUACAUUUGAAUGUAGUUUGUGAUAUUUUACUUUUCUUUCUUAAUUCGAAAAUAUAAACAAUUGUUCUUUAUUAUUAUUAUAAUUGUUGUAAAAAUAACAUCUUAAUUUAUAUUAACACA